AUGGAUAGUAAGACGGCUGGGUUGGCUCCUGGUGGUAGCGGGACUUCCAAACUUAGCAACGCUGCCAUAAUCGUCGCUGGUGUCGCAUCUCUGGUAGCGACCGUGCUAGCUUGCUUCUCGAUAUGGCUUCAACUUAAAAACUACCGCAAACCCCUCCUCCAACGAUAUGUCGUUCGAAUUCUUCUCAUGGUCCCAAUAUAUGCCAUAUCAUCAUGGGUUUCCCUUAUUUCACUGACAGCUGCAUUCUUUGUCGAUCCGAUUCGCGAUGUUUACGAGGCCUUCACAAUUUAUACCUUUUUCCAGCUCCUUAUCAACUUUCUCGGUGGCGAGCGCUCACUCAUAAUCAUGAUGCACGGCCGGGCGCCGAAAGAUCAUGUGUGGCCUAUGAACUAUAUACUACCUAAGGUUGAUAUUAGUGACCCGCAUACAUUUUUAGCUAUCAAGAGGGGGAUUUUACAAUAUGCAUGGAUGAAGCCGGUACUGGCUAUAGCUGCCAUUAUAAUGAAGGCCACCGGAACUUAUCAAGAAGGUUAUGUAGGGUUGAAAAGCGGAUAUUUCUGGAGUGGGAUCAUAUAUAACAUAUCCGUCACUUUAAGUCUUUACUCCUUGGGCAUGUUUUGGGUGUGCAUGACGCAUGAUCUUCAGCCUUUCAGGCCGGUUCCUAAGUUUCUCUGUGUUAAACUCAUCAUCUUUGCUUCGUAUUGGCAAGGGUUCUUUCUCUCUAUCUUAGUUUGGCUGGGUGUGAUCCAUGAUGUUGGUUAUUAUACCCCGGACAAUAUCGCACGUGCAAUCCAAGAUGUCCUUAUUUGCUUUGAGCUUCCUGGAUUUGCCAUAGCACAUUGGUAUGCUUUUUCAUGGAAGGAUUAUGCAGACCGCUCUAUUUCAGCCGCCAGACUACCUGUUUAUUAUGCAUUCCGCGAUGCCUUCGGUAUUCGUGAUCUUAUCGAAGACACAAAGCAGACAUUUGCUGGCAAAGGCUACGAAUAUCGAUUAUUCGACCCUAGUGAUAAUGUCAUUGCGCACCCAGAAUCUGGUGCCAGAGUCGCAAGAAUGAUGGACGGGUUGAGAUACGAAAGAGGGGGCAAGGGCAAAUACUGGAUCCCCAAACCAACUUCCAGGACUGGGCUGUUAAAUAGUCCUGGUCCAAGUGGGAGAGAAAGUCCAAUGAGUCCUGGAGAAGCAGAACGGGGGCCGAAUAGGUGGAGAGGCGCUGAUUAUGGGGCAAUGGAAGAGGUUGAAAUUGAUGAGGAUGAUGAGAAACUUUACAGCCACGCGAGGGCAUUGGAAUAUGGAGAUUAUAAUUAUCCUGUUAUCACCGCGCAUGAGCCCUGGAAAAACCACCGUUGCAGUCAUAACGGGCCGACAAUGCCCACAACUGCGACUAACCAAGCCCUCCUCCGCCCCAAGCUGACUAAAAAGACCAAGUCCGCUAUCAAAGGCAAGGGCAAAGCUAAGGAGAACGAGGAGGAUAAAAAGCCACUCUUGCACCGCAACAAGUCCUCAUCUUCAUCAGCUGUCUCAUCCCGCAGUGACCUUGUCGACCUUGUCGUUGAAGACACUGAAGCAGAAGAAAUUGAACGUGUCCGCGCACGCAAAGAGGGUGGCCCUGGAUGGAACGAGGCUGAGACGAAGAGAUUCGUUAGGACGUAUCCUGAUGAGCAUUACGGUGAAGAAACACGACAAGGCUUUGAUCCUUCAGCAGAUACGAGCAUGGCUGGGAUCGCGAAGGGCGAAGAAUCCGAACGAGGCAGAAUAACUCCAGAGAGACACGCUAGUGUCGAUGGUCAAUUUGAAGUAGGGGACGAUGAAACCGAGACAGAAGAUGAAGGUAGAAAUGGCGGAGUGCACAUGAACGGCGACUCAGGAGUUUGGGAAGAUGCACAUGGGCGGAGCGGAACAACCGAGCGUGAAACCAGCUACGGGAGCUUGAACGAGGAAAGAAAUAUUUGGGGAAGACCAGAGUAA